GCCUAGCCCAGCCUUAGUCAUCAGGAGUAGACGAAUUCGAAACUUGGAAGGUUUGAGUCCCCCUGUAUACGAGUUUCCUUCGGAAAGUGAGCCAAGUGACUGCAAAAUCGUGUUCUGACUCGACCAGCCAAGCAAUGCAGUUGUGUGAGACGCCUCUUGGGACAGAACCACCGUUGGACGUGAAUAAGAAUACCCUGCUCGGCGAAGAAGUUGAAGAAUGUUCAAGAAUCAGGUUUGACCCUCCCGUUGGAAUCCAGCGCUACAUCGCCGUGAACCAAAUACUUUCGGAAGAUGACUCUGUGCAAAGGGUGGUAGACUUUGGCUGCUCCACGGGGCAGUUCUUUCGCUACCUCAAGAAGAUGGAGCACCUGAGGCACUUUGCAGCCGUGGACAUCAGCUACGGCUGCCUGGAGGGAGCCUGCCACGUCGCACGUCCCCUCGUCUGGGAUUGCAUCCACAAGCGGGCGCACAGCCUCACGGCCCGCUUCUACAGGGGGAGCGUGGCCGAGCAAGACCCCCGGCUCAGGGGCUUCGACGGCGUCACCUGCAUCGAGCUUGUAGAACACUUGCACGAAGAUGACCUGAAGAAGCUACCUGGAACCAUCUUUGGCUUCGUCCGUCCUAAGGUUGCCGUGAUCACGACACCAAACCGGGACUUCAAUGUGGUUUUCCCCGAACUUCGGGGCAUGAGGCACUGGGACCACAAGUUUGAGUGGAGCAGGGCUGAAUUCCAGAGCUGGUGUAGCGGCAUCCUGGAUGCAUACCCCGGGUACUCUGUGGAGUACACAGGCGUUGGCGAUGCCCCGUCAGGGGAAUUCCCUGGAAUAGGCCACUGCAGCCAGAUCGCCAUCUUCAGGAAAAUCUGCAACGACAAAGACCUGGAAACCAGUUCUGCUAAGUUGCCCGUUUAUGAACUGAUAUCAGAAACCGUUCAUCCUGGAAGGGAGGACUGACCCUGCUGCCUGUUAUGUGUUCUCUGCAUUGUCACUCUUGCAUCGUGCAGCCACCUGCAUUUCAAAUAUGGGCAUUGCGAAAGGGUGUCAUUUUAUUCUGUAGAGGCUCACUUCUGGGGCACACAAUGUUUGUGUCCCCAUAUUUUUUUUGUUUGUUUGUUUAUUUGUUGCCUCACACAAAGUAGUACUGAGCCGUCUUUUUCAAAUGACAAUAUUCCUUCUUUUCCUUUCUGACUUGUAUGUAUGGCGUCAUAUUUAUAAAAAUUAAUUUUUCCCUAAUAUUGCUCAA